AUGGCUUUCUCCAAUUAUACUAUUAUCCUCUCUAUUGCCAUUUUCUUCACCAUCUCCUCUGCAACUCAACUUACAAUUGAUACUGAUAAACAAGCUUUACUUGCACUCAAAUCCAAUUUCCUAAGCAUUAAUCCAUAUACAACCCCACUCUCCAAUUGGCUCAAUGAUAAUUCUUCCCCUUGCAACUGGACUGGCGUCACUUGCAGCCAACAGAGAGUCGUUGAACUCAAUCUCUCCGGCAUGGGUCUCGGGGGUCUCAUUAGCCCCCACAUCGGAAACCUCUCAUUCUUAAGGUCGCUACAUCUUCAAAACAAUCAGUUCUCUGGACCAAUUCCAGACCAAAUCGGAAACCUUUUUAAUCUGAACACUUUUAACGUAAGCUUCAACCUUAUCAAUGGAGAAAUACCCACAAACCUCAGUCGUUGUUCGGACCUUGUCAAUUUAGACCUCAUGCAAAAUCAAAUCUCCGGUAACAUACCCGACGACAUUAACCGUCUCUCAAAGCUCCAGCAACUGAAUCUGGCACGUAACCAUUUCUUUGGCCAGAUUCCUUUAGCGAUCGCCAACAUAACGUCGUUGACUUAUCUGAAUCUGGGUACCAACGGUCUAAUUGGAGGUAUACCGUCGGAACUGGGAAACCUUCGGAAUCUCCGAAUACUUGAUCUUUCUAUUAACAACCUUAGUGGAAAUGUUCCUCAAUCUGUUUACAAUAUGUCAUCAUUGGUUUAUCUAGUCUUGGCUGCUAAUCACCUUACGGGUGAUCUUCCCACUAAUAUUGGCUUCUCACUUCCAAAUCUUUUAGGUUUUAACUUCUGCUUCAAUAUGUUCACCGGUCCUAUCCCGUCUUCCUUACACAAUCUUACCCGCAUUCGAAGUAUUCGAAUGUCAUAUAUGUUAUUACAUGGGUCUGUGCCGCCAGGUCUCGAGAAUCUUCGAGACUUGGAAAUGUAUACUAUUGCUGGCAAUAGGAUUUUUAGCAAUGGAGAUGAUGGGUUAAGUUUCCUUACUUCUCUAACCAAUGCAACUCGUCUAUCUUAUCUCGCUAUUGAUGGAAAUCUUCUAGAAGGGAGAAUACCAGAAUCGAUUGGAAGUCUUUCAAAGGACUUGAGAAAAUUGUACAUGGGAGGGAAUCGAAUCUACGGUCGAAUUCCAGCGUCUAUUGGGAAGUUAAGUGGCUUAAUGUUACUGAAUUUAAGUUAUAACUCGAUCUCUGGUGAAAUUCCACCGGAGAUAGGAAUGUUAACUUUUUUGCAGGAGUUGGAUUUGUCGGGUAACAGAUUAUCUGGAAAUAUACCGGUGUCAAUUGGAAAUCUUGAGAGGUUGAACAAGAUUUCCAUGUCAGGGAAUGAACUUGUGGGAAGCAUACCGACCGAAUUCGAGAAAUUUAAGAAUUUGAUUAAGUUGGACUUGUCGAGAAACAUGCUCAACGGAAGCAUACCAAGAGGAAUACUAAAUCUUCGUAGUUUGAGCACUAUCUUGAAUCUCUCGAAAAAUUCCUUUACGGGGAAUUUAGCUCAAGAUAUUGGAAAGCUGGACAAUCUCGUCACCAUUGAUCUCUCGAACAAUUUGUUCUCGGGUAAUAUACCCAACUCAAUCUCGAAUUGCAAAAGCUUGGAGAAGUUAUUAAUGGCGAAUAACAAGUUCACAGGUUCAAUUCCAUCCUCUCUUGGAGAAAUAAAAGGACUUGAAAUUCUUGAUAUUUCUUCAAAUAUGACGAAUCCCAUAUGGGUUCGCCAACUCAACUCUUGUCGAUCUUCAAGGAAACCAAAAGCUCGGCAGCGAAAACGGGGUUGGCGGCCGAACUAG